GUUUCCCCAUGGUGGGUGAACGCACCGCUCGCACCGCUCCGCUCCCGCGGCUCCGUGGCCUGCAGCAGUGCACGGCACCGACGGCCGACGGCCUCCGACAGCCACGGGUUCGACGGAUGGCGUCAGAGGUCCUGGACCCGGAGAACGAGGCCAAUGAGGCGGUCGCAGAUUUGCCAGUCAGAACAGCCGCACUGCGCCGUUUCGUCCCGAGACUUCUGCCGCCGGGCCCAGGUCCCAACAUGGUAGACUCUGCCAGUCCGAAUAGUGGCUCCAGUCUACGUGCGGCCUCAGCCCCCUGGUGGGAAGCCAGUGACACUGUGUCGGAUGGGAGCAAUGAAUGGUCCGUGGACGAGUUUACCGAGUACACGAUGGACUCCCACCAUGAUGAGGUCUCAGUCAGUACACAGGCCUCAACCCGUGCGACGACAGGUAGCAACUCGCGACACCAACCAGGCUUCAUGGGAGGUGGGCUGCGUGGGGCAAGAAGUCCUCAUACUUUACUCCGAGGCUGGAGCAACACAGGCUAUCGCGGUCGCUCGGUGACCCGAAGAGAGAGUCAAAGCUCGGGUGCUGCGAUGCGUCAUCGGCAUCCAACGCAUACACCUUCCCGCGGGCCCAAUCCCCGCCGCUUCCUGGACACGGCGUUGGCUCAUCAAGGUGUUGGACACUUGCACUUUCGCCCCAUAGGCCGCGUGCGGGAGGAGUAGAAAUGAUGGCGCCAGCGUCACGGAUAAAAAAAUCGGCCUUGAAUACAGAAAGCCCUGCUCCAGACUUUGAAGAGAAA